CCGGCAGUGGGCUGGGGCGGAGGGCGGGCCCGGCCCCUCAGUUCCGAGUCGCGGGUGGCGGCCGUAGAGACGAUGAGAAGAGCGAUUUAGACCUUGGCCUGCGGAGGGCCCCUCCCUCCGGCGCGGAAUGCAAUGUUAAUUCUGGGGCACUGAUGCCUUACAAUGCCUGAUCAAGACAAAAAGGUGAAGACCACAGACAAAUCAGCCGAUAAAAAACAGCAAGGAAUCACUACCAGGGAUUAUUCAGAUCUUAAAAGACUUCGUUGCCUUUUGAACGUUCAAUCAAGCAAGCAACAGCUUCCAGCCAUCAACUUUGAUAGUGCCCAAGAGAGCAUGACGAAGUCUGAGCCCGCCAUCAAGGUGGGUGAACACAGACCUCGAGGUCAGUGGCAUGAGUCUACUGAGGCUGUGGAACUGGAAAAUUUCAGUAUAAACUACAAGAAUGAGAGAAAUUUCAGCAAACACCCUCAGCAUAAACUAUUCCAGGAGAUUUUUACGGCUUUGGUGAAAAAUAGACUCAUAUGCAGAGAGUGGGUGAAUCGGGCCCCGUCUAUUCAUUUUCUGAGGGUGUUAAUCUGCCUGAGACUGCUCAUGAGGGAUCCGUGUUACCAGGAAAUACUCCAUAGCUUGGGUGGAAUUGAAAACCUAGCUCAGUACAUGGAGAUCGUGGCCAAUGAAUACCUGGGCUAUGGAGAGGAGCAGCACAGUGUGGACAAGCUGGUGAAUAUGACAUAUAUUUUCCAAAAACUUGCGGCUGUCAAAGACCAGAGAGAAUGGGUCACCACAAGCGGGGCCCACAAGACAUUAGUAAAUUUACUUGGCGCCCGAGAUACUAAUGUCCUGCUGGGCACUCUUCUGGCUCUGGCUAGUUUAGCUGAAAGCCCAGAAUGCAGGGAGAAGAUAAGUGAACUCAACAUUGUGGAAAAUCUGCUGAUGAUUUUACAUGAAUAUGAUUUACUUUCCAAAAGGCUGACUGCAGAGUUGCUGCGCCUACUUUGUGCUGAGCCCCAAGUAAAAGAGCAGGUGAAGCUCUACGAGGGCAUCCCCGUGCUGCUCAGUCUCCUCCAUUCGGAUCACCUGAAGCUGCUCUGGAGUGUCGUCUGGAUUCUGGUUCAGGUUUGUGAGGACCCUGAGACCAGCGUGGAAAUUCGCAUUUGGGGAGGCAUCAAACAGCUUCUUCAUAUUUUACGAGGUGAUAGAAAUUUCGUUUCUGACCGUUCUUCCAUCGGAAGCCUGUCCAGUGCAAAUGCAGCAGGCCGAAUCCAGCAGCUUCAUUUGUCAGAAGAUUUAAGCCCUCGAGAAAUACAAGAAAAUACUUUCUCUCUUCAAGCAGCCUGCUGUGCUGCUCUCACGGAACUGGCUCUCAAUGACACCAAUGCCCACCAGGUGGUUCAGGAAAAUGGUGUAUAUACAAUAGCAAAAUUAAUUUUGCCAAGCAAACAAAAGAAUGCAGCAAAAACUAAUCUCUUACAGUGUUACGCUUUCAGAGCUUUGAGGUUCCUCUUCAGUAUGGAAAGAAACAGACCACUCUUUAAAAGGCUUUUCCCUACCGACCUGUUUGAGAUCUUCAUUGACAUAGGACACUAUGUUCGGGACAUCAGUGCUUACCAAGAAUUGGUAUCAAAAUUGAAUUUACUAGUGGAGGAUGAACUAAAGCAAAUUGCAGAAAAUAUUGAAAGCAUUAAUCAGAAUAAAGCGCCUUCAAAAUACAUAGGCAACUAUGCAAUUUUGGACCAUCUGGGAAGUGGAGCAUUUGGCUGUGUUUACAAGGUUAGAAAACGUAGUGGUCAAAAUCUUUUAGCAAUGAAAGAGGUUAAUUUACACAAUCCAGCGUUUGGGAAGGAUAAAAAAGAUCGAGACAGCAGUGUGAAGAAUAUUGUUUCUGAAUUAACCAUAAUUAAAGAGCAGCUUUAUCAUCCCAACAUUGUACGAUAUUAUAAAACUUUCCUGGAAAACGACAGACUAUAUAUAGUCAUGGAGCUUAUAGAGGGGGCACCUCUUGGGGAGCAUUUCAGUUCUCUGAAGGAAAAGCAACACCAUUUUACUGAAGAAAGACUAUGGAAAAUAUUUAUACAGCUGUGCUUAGCUCUCCGGUACUUACACAAGGAGAAGAGGAUUGUUCAUCGAGAUCUGACGCCAAACAAUAUUAUGUUGGGGGAUAAGGACAAAGUGACAGUGACGGACUUUGGCCUGGCAAAACAAAAACAAGAGAACAGUAAACUCACGUCUGUUGUUGGAACAAUCCUGUAUUCCUGCCCUGAGGUCCUAAAGAGCGAGCCGUAUGGAGAAAAGGCUGAUGUGUGGGCAGCAGGCUGCAUCCUUUAUCAGAUGGCGACUUUGAAUCCUCCCUUCUACAGCACCAACAUGCUCUCCUUGGCUACAAAAAUAGUGGAGGCAGUCUAUGAUCCAGUGCCAGAAGGCAUUUACUCUGAAAAAGUGAUAGAUACCAUCCACAGGUGCCUCACUCCUGAUGCAGAAGCCCGGCCAGAUAUUGUCGAAGUCAGCUCGAUGAUAUCAGAUGUAAUGAUGAAGUAUUUAGACAGCUUGUCUACGUCACAGCUGACCUUGGAGAAGAAGCUGGAAAGGGAGCGGAGGCGCACGCAGAGGUAUUUCAUGGAAGCCAACCGCAAUGCUGUCACAUGUCACCAUGAGCUGGCUCUGCUCUCUCACGAAACCUUUGAGAAGGCAAGCCUGAGUAGCAGCAGCAGUGGGGCCGCUAGCCUGAAAAGUGAACUAUCAGAAAGUGCAGACCUGCCCCCUGAAGGCUUCCAGGCUCCCUGCGGCAAGGAUGAAGACAGGGCCUGUGAUGAAAUCUUGUCAGAUGAUAACUUCAACCUGGAAAAUAUUGAGAAAGAUAUCUAUUCAGAGCUAGAAGAUGAGUUGGACAUUUCAGAUAACUGCAGCAGCUCCAGUUCCAGCCCUCUGAAAGAAUCUACAUUCAGCAUUUUAAAAAGAAGUUUUAGUGCUUCAGGAGGAGAAAGACAAUCUCAAGCAAGGGACUUCACUGGUGGUAUAGGAUCAAGACCAAGACCAGCUUUGCUGCCUCUUGACCUGCUUCUGAAAGUGCCACCCCUCAUGCUCAGGGCCCACGUUAAGGAGCUAGAGACCGAGUUAGUGACGGGGUGGCAGUCCCAUAGCCUUCCCGCUGUGAUUCUUCGCGAUCUCAAAGAUCAUGGGCCACAGAUGAGCACAUUCUUGUGGCAAGCAUCUGCGGGGAUCGCUGUGUCCCAGAGGAAAGUGCGUCAGAUCAGUGAUCCUAUUCAGCAGAUCUUAAUUCAGCUCCACAAAAUCAUCUACAUCACGCAGCUUCCUCCAGCUUUGCACCACAAUUUGAAAAGGAGGGUCAUAGAGAGAUUCAAGAAAUCCCUCUUCAGUCAGCAGAGUAACCCUUGCAAUUUGAAAUCUGAAAUUAAAAAGUUAUCACAAGGAUCUCCAGAACCUAUUGAGCCCAACUUUUUCACCACGGAUUAUCAUUUGCUGCGUCAUUCAUCUGGUGGGAACAGCCUGUCCCCAAAUGACCCCACAGGUCUAGCCACCAGCUUUGAUUUGGAGGAAGGGAUAACAUAUGAACAGAUGCAGACUGUGAUUGAAGAAGUCCUAGAAGAAAGUGGUUAUUAUAAUUUUACAUCAAACAGGUAUCACUCUUAUCCCUGGGGCACCAAGACUCACCCAACCAAAAGAUGAAAAAGCUGCAUUUGGAAUGAGAUGGUUUUCCCAGUUCAAGUUCAAGUUCUGGACCUCAGCCAGUUAUGGCCAAGAAUUGGGCGCUGCUGCUAGAAGACUGUAGAAGAGAAAAGACCAAGAUGCCAUGUUGCCUACUGGGCCUCUUUCUGGAGGUCUGGCGCUGAGCUCUGUGACAACUUGCAUUGCUUGCAGGU